AUGGACCAAGCUCCAAAGACGCAGUAUGUAUUUUUGAACAGAACCUCUAAACUGUGGUGCCCAAUGAAAGGUGCGCCGGCUCCAUACAUUGUAUGGAGAAAAGAUGGUGUCGCUGUUCAAAAUAGUACCAGCAUAACAUUUCAGCUUAAAGUAACUUCGGAAAACAACGUGAAUUACAGCUGCGAGGCAAGAGGAGAUGGAGAGGUGUUAAGAAGGAACAUCAGCCUCAGAAUUGAAGGUGAGGUUUUAUUGUUUUGUUGAUGUAUAUCAGCACUUUGCGCAAUUGGAUUGUCUAAACCUGUACUUUUUCAUUUGCUCAAAAUUCUAACCACCCCAAAAAACGUUUAAGCUACUUUGGUGGUUGGGUCUUAUUUUACCUUUCAAAAGUAAUCUUUCUAUAUCCUUUUAAUUUAACUUGUAUGUUGUUUUUAGGUAUGAAUGUUAAUUAUUGGUAUGAUAGUUAUCUGGUGAAGGAAGCGACGUGUAUGAUGAGAACCAAAGUAAAUUCACAUUUAUGUGCUUAAACUUAUUUCUAUUCCAAGUGAAGUUAGUAUGCCACAGUUUGUCGAUUUUGGCGCCUGCAUACAGUGUAACUGAAGUUCGUGUUUUCGUUCUGGUUUUCAUCUUUGACUCAUGAUCUAUUAAUUUACAUCGUAACUCUGAAGCGUUACUCUAAUCUUGGUAAUUGUGAUUUUACAGUAAUGUUCUAUGGAAAUUAAACAUCCUUCGUUGCCAAACAACUGACUUAACUCUUUCAAAUUUGAAGCCUUUGAUGAUGAAUUUUAACGGCCAACAUUUUUGCCUCAUUUUAGAGUGCCCAGACCCUUGCGAAUGUGACGUCUUCCACCAAACUAUCGUUAGUGUGAAUUGUAGUGGAAAAAGCUUUAAUUUAAUUCCAUGGAAAUUUCCGCCUGUCAUGUCAAAAUUGUGAGUGUAAUUAAACAGUUAUAAACACCAAGAAAAGAUAAUGACCCAGAGGACUACUUCUCCACUAAAAGCCCUAUUCUUAGAGGAAUUCCUCUUAUGCUAUUGUAGGCCUUAUUCUCAAAGGAAUUACUUUCAUGUUGUUGCAAGACUCAAAUCAAUUAGGACAACCCCAGGACAAUGUAAAUGUACAAUAACUUGUAGUCGAAUUCUUAAUGUUCAUGUUCUACAUUGAUUGAAUAUCCCCUAGGACAAUGGAAAAUGUACCGUAAAAAUAGUUUAAGAGAGAUAAGUUCAAGAAUAAAGCUUACAUGUGGAAUUCAGUCACUUUAGUUGAUCCUAAUGUGCAAAUGUUCUACAUUGGAUUAAAAAGCUAUAUUUGCUUUAUUAGGUUGAUCAAAGAGUGUAAUAAGUUGUCAAGCCACGCUUACGAAGAAUCUUAACUCAACUUAAGUUUUAACUCUUAAUUUCAACAAAGGUUGCAGUAUACGGAGCUGGAAUUGUUCAAUAAUACGUCACUGAAAUAAAAGUGAAAAAAAUAAACUCAUCAGUUCAGUUUUGUUUGUCUGUUAACGUUGCGACGAACUUAGUUUGCGCUACUUUUUCACUUUCACUGGUGACCAGAUACAAAACAUUAUUUAUAUGAAGACUACAGAUAAGGAAUAAAUUCUUCGAUCAAUAAAAUUUGAACCAUAAAACAGUUGCUCAAUACCAAAGGGAGUAAAAGAACGCCAAUCAUAGGAACCACUGCAUGAGCCAAUUGCUAGUGCUUCUCUUAACAUUGCAAAGCUCAGUGGCCCACUGGUGUGGGUGUUUGACUCCAGAUUGACAGGUCCGGGUUUAAGCCCUGGCCAGAUCAAUGUAUGGUGUUUUGGAGAAAGACAUACUCUCCAGCUAGGGGUCAAAAAUAGAUAAAGCGAAACUAAGAAACUACAGAAACUAUUGAUGAAGUUCCCGGCGAUGGGCUAUCUUUCCGCUCAAUUGGACUAUCACUACUUUUAAUAACCUUACUCUUCAGAAAGUGGCAAAAUAUCUGGCGGUGAUGGGUCAUUAGGCUGACGAGAGUAACCUAUGAUUCAAGAUACGAUAUCAGUAAUCUAUUAGUUACUUUCUUUAUGUAUCUCUUUAUAGUUUUCAUAAUGAAGAGAUUAAACGUUCAGGUGUCAUUCUUAUCGUAACGGUUGUAUUCAGCAUGUACUUUACACUUUUCUAACGUUAUCUUGAUAGGUACUUGAGCAACAACAAGCUGAGAGACUUGCCCCAAGGAAUCUUCAGUAAUUAUUCCCAGCUGGAAUUGCUGUAAGCCAAGACUAUUUCUUAUCCGUGUCAGACUCAUUUAUAGGGAUUCUUGAUAGGAAUUUGAGUAAUGGUGAACUAAAGGACUCCUUUCCGAGUUAUUUGCAGUUAUAAUGUUGAGUCUUUCUAGCUCCCAAAAAUCAUGACUAGCUCCGCCCAACCUUUAUUUGAACACCUCAAGUGUACUUGAACUCAUUCCUUCAGUCACUGUGUCAAUGACACGGACUGACGUGUGACCUUGUGGCCUAAUCGUCCGGAUGAGUGUAGUCCUGCGAAGGACAAUAUUCUUUAAUCAACCCUUAGGAUAACCUCCGCCGGACUUAUAGAAACGUUGGAAAUUGGCUCCGAACACAAUUCUUCGCAGCACCACUCUCACCCGUACAAUAAUAACUACCCGAUAAAAUCUUCUUCAUUUGGGGAAUCUCCCCGCUAGAGAUUAUGAAAUCCCCUCUCUGCUUUUUUAAUGUUCAUGGUAUUUAAGCAAUACCCCCUCCCCCCUCCCCCUCUCCAGGCUCUUAAUUUACAUAGAGCUCCCAAAUCUAAGAACUAAGGCACAGUCUCCAAAAAUUAAAAAAAACAGUCAACGUGAAAAUGGAACAUGCUCACUUACAGUUCUAGUUAAGCAAAAAAUAGGUUAUAUUCAUAUAGAGAAGGAAGGAUUACAUAGAUUUGUUUGAGCCUCCAUAUCAAAGCAUACAAGAAAGAACAGCAUCACCGGAUAUACACUCUAAUUUAACGUAAUUAUCAAAUACAUGGCAAUGAACACCACCCUCUAUCAAUUCUUGGCAGGGAAAUCAGCAACAACCUGUUGAAGGAAUUACCAUCAGGCAUAUUCAGUAACAAUACCAAGCUGUCCUUCUUGUAA